AUGCCUGGUAAAAUUAAAGUGAAGGUUUUGGCGGGGCGAAAUUUGCCUGUGAUGGACAGAGCAAGUGACACAACAGAUGCAUUUGUUGAAAUAAAAUUUGGUGGAAUUACACACAAAACAGAUGUUUGCAGAAAAUCUCUGAAUCCUCAUUGGAACAGCACUGAAUGGUACAGAUUUGAGGUUGACGAAUCAGAGCUUCAAGAUGAACCGCUCCAGCUACGCCUUAUGGAUCAUGAUACAUAUUCAGCGAAUGAUGCAAUUGGCAAAGUGGUUAUCAGUCUUGCACCCCUAUUGGCGCGCGAGGCAAUUAGUACCAACGGCGUGGCUGGGCCUCCUGGAGGUGCCGUAAUGUCAGGAUGGAUCCCCGUUUUCGAUACAAUGCAUGGCAUUCGAGGAGAACUCAACGUGAUUGUAAAGGUGGAAUUGUUCUCCGACUUCAAUAAAUAUAAGACAUCAAGUUGUGGUGUACAGUUCUUUCAUUGCCCAAUGAUACCACCGGGCUAUCGAGUGUCCGCCAUUCACGGAUUUGUAGAGGAAUUAAUAGUGAAUGAUGAUCCCGAGUACCAAUGGAUUGAGAAAAUUCGCACCCCACGGGCUUCUAAUGAGGCGAGACAGGUGGCCUUUAUCAAGCUGAGUAAUCAGGUACAACGGUUGGUCGGUCUGAAGGCUGCUGAAUUAGGUGCCAACGCUGUAGUAGGAUAUCAACAGGACUUUGACUUAGAGGGCGAAGCCGGGGUCGUUGCUAGAGCUAUCGGUACAGCCGUCAGCAUGACACCAUUGCCGUUACCAAGCCAAUCUAUGACAGUGCAGCUAACUCAGCAACAGUUAAAUAAAUACUUGGACAUUUUAGCGACCGAUGACGAAAGCGUCGCCGAUCUGAGAGAAUACUACCUUCAUCAUCAAGAUGAAUUGAUGAUGAUCGUCAAUAUACUUAAUCCUAGAACACCAUCUUUGCUAGACGAACCAGAUAACGAUGACGACGAUAAGAGCUUUGAAACUAUUCGAUCUACCCAAAACACGUACACGGGUAGACUAUCUAUAUAUCAAGAUCUUACUGCUCAUACAGGUCUUAAACAUAUUUCAGACGAUCAAUCUGAGCUAAAUAAACUCCUUAACCGCCAUGACUCUGAUUCUGAUUCAUCAGGACCGAUUGGAAAAAUAAAAAAGAUGAAAACUCACUUGUUUUCCAAACGUUUCUCCAGGCGAAAAUCGUCUGGUAAACAAGAUGAUCAGAUCUCUAUUAAAUCUAGUUCAUCUGACACAUCCCGCAUAUCAGAUAUUAAAAAUGAGCUGAAAAAAUUGAAAAGAUUAAAAGUUAAAAGAUACGAUGAAUAUGAAGAAGAGGAGGGUAUAAAUAUGGCAUCGAUUUUAGCACGCUCUGUUAUUCAUGCGCAGACAAGUCUCGCUAGAAUAUCUGAAUCGCAUUCUGAACACUCUCCAGGUUCGACCUUAAGGCGAAUUAGUGACUCUGGACCGGUCAAUUUAGCUUCAGAUGAAAAGACAGAUGUUGAAGUAAAUUGCAUGGACGAUUCUAAAAUCCCAGAAAUACAUUGCGCUUCUCUGGAAAACUUAUCCAAUCUCGUCAGUCCACAAUCGGAAAGAAAGAUUUCUGAUUCCUGUCCAACUUCACCGGUUGUUGUAAGAAACGAAAAUCUUCUUAAACUCCCUGGAGAUUCCAGUUUUUAUGGUUCCGUAUCAUCUGCUCUCUCGGCAGAGAGUUCAGACAUAUAUUCAACUUCAGACGAAGAAGAGGACAGUUUUAACUUAAAAACUGAAACUAUCGGUUCUGUUGUGAAAUCAGUUUUAAACAAUGAUGUAGAUCCAGAAUUUGUUGCCCAAAUGGAAAAAAAGCUUACAGUACUAAAGUUGGACUCUUUUGAAAGCAACGAAGAUAGUCAGUCGGCCCAAGCAGUGAAAUCUGAAGUUGCAGAUUUUCAAAACAAGCAGGACCAUAAUCCCGUUCUGCUUGAACCCUCAGAGGAUAAAAAGUGUGUAGCCAGUACUCAUAACCGGUCUUUCAAAAUUCCAAAUCCAUUUGCACACAAAAGGCUUUGUAGUAGCUUUAGUGCACCCUCAUCUCCGGUUGAGAAAAAUGGCUUCAUGUAUCGCUCCUCAAGGCGGAUAAAGCGACAGCUUUCAAAAUUAUCAAAAAGUAGCAUGAUCAAAAGCUUGUCACAUUACUCCUUACUGCCAAAGAGGAAAGAGCAUAAACCAUCAGUAAGUGAACCUGGUUCUUCAUCUGAUGUUACAUCUAGAGCUCCUAGCGACACGGUGCUAGGUGCCCCUUUCUUGUCUUAUAAUGAUUUGCUUGCUCUUGAUAAUAGUGCAGUUAACUCCAAUCGCCUAUGUAAAAGUGACGAUCUUGGACCCACCAAAGUUUCUAUGUACAUUGGUUCCGAACCAGUGUCUAGAGCGUCAUUUAGUGGACCUUCCAUCUCAUUCAACGAACGUUUGCCUGAGCAAAGAUCAUUUAAAAGGGAAAAACCUGCAAUCAAACCAUCGAGCUUAGUCCAAACUGCUAUGGAAACAAUACUAAUUGAUAAAGUCCAAUCCCUACUUAUACCGACAAGUCCAGACUAUUCGAGUGCUAAUAAAAAAUUCUUUAACGACGUCAAUGAAAAACUAGUGGUUGAAGAAGAAAAGCUGAGAGAAAGAAAAUUAACUAGACAGGACAGUGUACAAUCGACAGAAUCGGCGUCGCAUAAAAUGUCCAAAUCCCUUAAUUCAUGCAAGUUAACACAUACGCCAGUCAUAAAAAACUUCCAUCCCAUUCUUAGCGGAACGCAUUUAGAGACCAUACCUUCUUUACCCGAGGGCAGUGUAGAUAGAGAAAGCCUAGACGUAGAGUGUGUUACUAACAGUGCUAGCGUGUGUGGUAACUCGCAUGCAGCGUGCGUUGACAGGGAUAAAUGUGAGAGGGAGAAACAAGAUAGGGAGAAGUGCGAGAAAGAAAAGGACCGAACAUCGCCGCGUCACGCGCGGCACGAGUCAUAUGGCGGCCGCGAACCAAACGUACAAAACGCAUCAGUCAACUCCACUUCUACGCCUAUGGGAAUACAUCGACGGUCUUCUGAUUCUGAUCUUAGUAUAACACCAAAAGGUGGUUCGUUAAACGCAUCUCUAGGAAACACAGGUAGUGGCGGCGGUGCGAUACUCAAGCCAUCUAUGAACAGCAAUAACCUGGAAAUGCUGGAGUAUCCUUUUCUUACGAUGUCGGAAUACCCGCCCGGAUUUAUCGUACAUAUUGGUGGGACAGUCUGCGCUCGGUCUGUGAAGUUAGUAGAUGGGGGUGGGGAAAGUAGUUCUCGAGCGGGAUGGUGGACUGAGCUAAGGACCGAGCUUAGAGCACAUGCGCGUGCGCUGCGAUGCACUGCCGUAUUGGCCUAUUGUGAACGAACUGCUAUACGCGAGGACGUGUGCGUUCUAUCUGUUUCUGGUACAGCGGCAGUCAUCAAUUUGGACUGUGAUUUUAACAUUGAUGAGCCGAAUGUGUCAUUAACCAACGGCUCAAAGAAUACAAUAGAAGAAAUUGAGGCUGAGAAUUGCAGCAUCGCACAUGUACCGUACUCGCCCGGCACGGGUCCUUACAGGGCUGAGUUAGCCCCAUGUGGGGAAUGCCGUCGUGCCCGCGUCCCUACUGUUAUACUAGCGACGUGCGCGAAACCGAACAGACUGACUUCCUACGGCAAAGCAGUGACACUCACCGCUGUUGCGGGUAGAAUACGUCGCGCUCCACCCGCCGCGGAGCCCGGUGCGAGAGAUAUUUCGGACCAACUACCCUUCCUAGAGUAUGAACUACACAAAUUGUUGCUGGCUAAGCUUAGAAUGCAGGGUGCAAACGCGUUAUUCUCUCUCCAUACACAAAUAGCAAUAGGCGAUCGUUGUGUCAUGGCAUUAGCUACUGGUACAGCUGUAAAAUUAGCUGCCUUACCGCCUCCAGCACCACCAAGAAUUAAGGCUUCAGAAAAAGACAAAGAUGCCAUAGAGAUACAGAAAGCUCUAUGGGAUACGUUCACUGCGAACAAGACAGCCAAUGGCUUUGAUGUUGCUAUAAACGAGCAAACACGCUCGGCAGUAGAAAGCGAGGCUGAGGAGCCUCCAGCUUUAGACCUGUGUGCGGACAAAGAUACCUGCGUCUUGGAAUUGGAUGAGGCGGAAGACGUGGAGACAGCAAAGUUACUAGCAUCGCGUCGUAGCAACAUGCAAGUAUUUACGGACCAGUUAAAACCUUCUACUGCGGUGCAUGCGCUACCUUAUGCGUUUACGCAGGUAUGGCGUACUCGUGUAGGUCCAGUGGGAACUAGUGCGGAACGUCUAGUGUCAUCUGCGCUAAGUGGUGCCGCGUACAAAUUGCGAAGGUUGCAACCAGCUGCGCUUGCGCCGCCUACAUUUCAGCUGGACUUAUCUGAGGAUGAAAUCCAGCUUGUCGUGUCCGGUACAGCAAUACCUCUACAAGACCCAAGCAAGGAGCCAGCAAACGAGAAGGAGACAUCUAAUGAUGACGAUAUCUUCGCUUUAGAUGAGGAGCAACUUGCCAAGACUAAUACUGAGAAUUAUGAGGAGAAGAAUAGUGGACAGAGCGGUCGCGUCUCCCUAACCACUUUAAGUCACAUUAGCGGCAGUCGCAUAGUACGGCGCGUGUGCGCAUUAAGAUUAUUAUUCGUACGUGAAACAACAGGAGUACGGGAAUUGGGAGGGCUUAGCGGGUUUCUUCAUACUUUUACAUGUGAGGUCCUAGCAAUAGUGCGGGCGUAUACGUCGGCAUUGGGCGGUAACGCACUCACGUCCUUCUACGUCACACACCUAAUGUUACAGGACAACGCACAUAAGAAUCAGGGUCAGUGUUUACUGUCUGUUGGCGGCGACGUGGUCCACAUAACGUACUAA